UCUGCGAAUUGCCAACGUCAGUAGUUUGUCCCUCUUUACCCACCGUAUCCACGCAAAGUAUGGCGAGCUCAGAGUUGUGACUUUGUUUUGAUGGUUUAAAGAGGUCGCAUUUCCUAAUUUUAAAAGAAAAUUUAACAACGUAACCACAUUUAGCUCAGGCGGUACUUUCAUUUGUAUCGAGACGAUCAUGCCGUCCGCUGGUGACUCACUGAUUGAAGACAUUGAGGACAUGGUGUCCUCGAGUGACCCCACUCCUCAUGAGAGACAGGCAGCGAGAAAAAGCAUCAUACCAAGGUCCAGAAGGAGAAAAGAGCAGCUGAACAACGAGGAGCUGCAGACGGACAGCUUGAUUCCGGGGACUCAGAAGAUUUGGAUGAAAACAUGGGGCUGCAGUCACAACAGCUCAGAUGGAGAGUACAUGGCUGGACAGUUGGCUGCAAGUGGAUACAAAAUGACUGACGACCCGACAGAAGCCGACCUGUGGGUACUCAACAGCUGCACAGUGAAAAACCCUGCAGAGGACCACUUCAGGAACUCCAUCAAAAAAGCCCAGGAGCAGCAGAAGAAGGUGGUGGUUGCUGGUUGUGUUCCCCAGGCUCAGCCACGUAUGGAUUACCUGAAAGGACUCAGCAUCAUCGGGGUCCAGCAGAUUGAUCGAGUGGUGGAAGUGGUGGAUGAGGCAGUUAAAGGUCACUCUGUUCGCCUGUUGGGGCAGAAGAAAGAUGGAGGCAAGAGGCUGGGAGGAGCUCGACUGGACCUGCCCAAAAUCAGGAGAAACCCUCUCAUUGAAAUCAUCUCCAUUAACACGGGGUGUCUAAACGCUUGUACCUACUGUAAGACCAAACACGCCAGAGGAGACCUGGCCAGUUAUCCCAUCGAGGAGCUCGUGGAGCGAGCCAGGCAGUCUUUUCAAGAGGGUGUGUGUGAGAUCUGGUUGACCAGUGAGGACACCGGAGCGUAUGGACGAGACAUUGGGACAGACCUGCCCACACUGCUGUGGAAACUGGUGGAAGAGAUUCCGGAAGGAGCCAUGCUGAGGCUGGGCAUGACCAACCCUCCGUACAUCCUGGAGCACCUGGAGGAAAUGGCGAAGAUAUUGAAUCAUCCUCGGGUCUACGCCUUCCUUCAUGUUCCUGUGCAGUCGGCCUCUGACAGCGUACUGAUGGACAUGAAGAGAGAGUAUUGCAUCAAUGACUUCAAGAGAGUGGUGGACUUUCUCAAAGAGAGGGUUCCAGGUAUCACCAUUGCUACAGACAUAAUCUGUGGUUUUCCUGGUGAAACGGAGGAAGACUUUCAGGAGACAUUAGACCUGGUGAAGUGUUAUCGAUUUCCCAGUCUCUUCAUCAACCAGUUCUACCCUCGACCCGGUACACCAGCCGCCAAGAUGGAGCAAGUAGCUGCACAUGUGAAAAAGCAGAGGACGAAAGAACUGUCACAACUUUUCCACUCGUACAACCCCUACGACCACAAGGUCGGGGAGAGGCAGCAUGUGCUGGUGACAGAGGAGUCGUUUGAUGCUCAGUAUUACGUGGCUCACAACAAGUUCUAUGAACAGGUGCUGGUUCCAAAGAGACCGGAGUUCAAAGGUAAAAUGAUUGAGGUGGACAUAUACGAAGCUGGGAAACACUUCAUGAGAGGACGUCCAGUGGACGACGGCAAGCUCUUCACGCCCUCCAUCGCUGCUCCGCUUCAGAAAGGAGAGGUGUCCGGCCUGGUGCAGUCCCACAUUGCCAAUGGAAUCCACGGCCCUCCGCCUGUUUCUGCUCCAUCCCUUUGGUCAUUUGGUUCCUACAGUCUGGACAGGGAAACAGUGAAGAUGCUGGGAAUUGGACUCACUCUGGCCGUGGCCAUUCUGGCCUUUGUGGUGGAGAAACUGUGCUGACGCAGCAUCUGUGAUCACAGUGAUGACAAUGACAUCAGUGGAGACCUGAUGUCUGUUAACACUCUGACAGAUGUCUUUCGUUUUUAUAUGCCACGCAACAGACUCCAGGUGAUUUUAUUUAGUUUGAAUUGAUCUGAAAGCCACAGGAUGAGGAAGUUGGAAUAAUUUUUGAAUCUCCUCGUGUUUUUCCCCCCACUUCAUUUUAGUUCUAGGUUUACUUUUUAAAUAAAGAAUCAUCUUGCAGUGAA